AUGCCCGCCGCCGCCGUCGCUCCUGCCAAUCGCGGACAUAAUGUUUUCUCCAACGCCUUCCGGGGCAGGAGUCGGGCCGCUUCGGAAGUCGGCCCCCAAUCACCACGUGGGAAAGAGCAGCCGCAGAUGAGCAAAGCCGCCUCGUAUACGUACUUCCCGCGCGUCGACGAUCUGGACCAGUCGUCCGCUGUGGGCGUGAAGGGGACUGUCGCAGAGGGGGAGUUGCAGCAGCAGGCGCAUGGGGAAAGAACGUCGGACAGCUCGGGUGGAUCCAGCCCUUGUUCAGAGGAAGAACCCGAAAUCGAGCAGAUGCCAGAACUGAGGCCUAAGCUCGAGUCCAUUAGCUCGCGCCGGUCGUCGAGAUUUCUUUCCUUCUCCAGCAGGAGCAGAGAGCCGAGCGCUGAGCGCAAGUCGGAGCGCAAAGCCGACCGUGGCCGCAAGGACGCAGUCAAGCACGAGGACGAGCCGAGCGUCUCCCCAGCACGAUCCAUGUCAAAGUUACGCAGGAAGUCCUGGAUCACCUCGCCUUCCCGGGAGAAGUCGAAAAAGGAUGAGAACACAAAGAAGAUCCAAGAAGCCAACAAGCGAAAGACAGCCAGCACUGCCAGCAUUCCUGAGACCUCAGAAGCGAACACCACCACCACCUCAUCCGUCCAGCCACGAGCGCCCAUUAGCAAGAAGAACAAGCGUCUCAGCGGUCUUUUCAACGCCACCGUCAACGUGCCUCCAGUUCCCGCGGUUCCCAAGUCGUUUUCCACUGAGAAGCUGCCGCUGAGCACGCAGCCGCGCACGCCGCUCAGCCCGACUGGUGUGCCCCCACUACCGCGCAACGUCUCCCACGAGAACUUCAAAGGCGUCAAGACGGAGCCGCGCAAGAAGGAUGAGCUCUGGACCGUGUUCCGGACGCUCGACGCGGAUUUGCGCAAGUUCCAGUCCAAGUCCCUUGCGCUGAAAGCGAACGUUCUCCGAACCACUCUCCUCCCUUUUCUACGCACUUAUGCCUCGCACCCCUCGAACCACAAGCUUAGGCCAGAAGAUCUCGACCGACGGACGAAUAUCCUCAAUGCAUGGUGGACAGGCCUCUUGGAGCUUGUAGCAGGGCGAAACAAUCAGUCCAUUUCGGGUACCGACCGUCCAGCCAUCCUCGAAGCCAUUGCGGGUGUAAUGGAGCGGCCCGAGUGGAGGCUCUCACCAUCACCGUUUUGUGCGCUUGCAGACCGCUCCGAGACGUCCUCAACUUCAACCCUGGGCUCAGCUGCGUCCAGCUCCUCAGACUUCCUUGCUGAGUCUGUGUACCACAAUGUACGAAACACUUUCACGCAGAAUCUCUCCGCUCAGAUGAGAUUUGUCGUUGAGAAAAUGUCGCAGCGAAGUGCAGCAGCCAGUCUCGUGACAUUUUGCGGAAAGACGUGUGCCUAUGCCUUCUGUUUCUGUCCAGGAAUUGCCGAUAUCCUGGUUCGACUGUGGGCGCCGUCCACAGAGAUGAUGAGGCGCGUUCUGGAAGAAUCAGGUGUUUCCAAAAUGGACAGAUUAGACGCUGUCUCUGACCGCAUCGUGGCUUCAUUUCCGCCCAUGCUGCAUUCCUUGAAGUAUAGCACUCUCGGGAAGCUGGCGAGAACGCUGCGUCAACCAGCAUCACCACCUUUCGGCACGGCAGACCUUGAUUGGUAUGGUCUCUGGAUGAAGCGCUGGGCAGGCUCAGAAAGCGAUCUGUUCUACGUUUUUGUCAAGCACUACCACAUCCUUGUCACGGAAUUCCUGCCAGUCGAGCCUUCUGACGCGGAACGCAUCUGCGUGCCAGGCCUUAUUCCAGUACAUGCGCAAAUCCUCGUCAAUCUAGACGCGACAAUCAAUCGACACACUGCACCUCCACAACUCGAAGACCCGGGAGCUGCAGCAGUGGCUCCUAUCACUUUCGACGACGUGCUGGAAACGGAUGCCAACGCAUCGGCUCUAGCCAUUCCGGCCGCAAACGCCACUCGUCAGAUGCAAGAGAACCGUCUCGUAAUGCUGAUCCGCGACUUCCUUUCUGAACGCAACGCACAUCUUCAACCUGCAAGGCGGAUCUUCGCAGAGAGCUUCUCCCGCUUGCUACGAGCGCAGGCGCGCAAGAUUGCGAUAUACGACAAUAAUGCUUGCUACACACUGUGCGAUUUCCUCGAGGAAGCAUUCGCAAUACUAGUCAGAUACGAACAGAGCGACAGAGAGCAUCACUCGGUCAUGGACUGGACGUUUUGGCUUUCCGUCUGUAAAAUGAUGACACAAAGCCACAACACAGCGACAGAGAUCAAGCUUUACGCUUUCCUGUACAGCAUCUGGCCUACGAUUGCUGUGGAUGAACGAAGAAAAGCCAGUCUCUGCCUGGACUUUAUUCUAGAGCCGGAGUUUUUUGAGAGCAGAUUCAAUCAUUGGUGUCCUAUGGUCCGAUCCUACUUUAUGCGGCUGAUUUGCUGGCGAGUUGCUAGAUUCGACGGAGACGAUACUGAUAUCGAGAUCGCAAUCAAGCGGUCUUUGAGUGACCGACUGCGUUCUAUCUGGUCACACUACCUCUGGCUUCAAGAAGCGGCUGAGCACGACAACACUGUCAUUCCCUCUACGACUGCUUGCAACCCUGCACCUGGCCGACGCUUCCUCAUCAUACGUAAUGAUAAUCCUAUUGUAGCCAACAAUGGUCCUUUCCUGUCAUUCGACGGCGUGGUGCAGAAUCCGCAUCAACGCAAACCUUCCCCUUCCAACCCUGUACCACCAGAGCCUGAAGCCAUUCGGCCCACCUCUGCUUUGUCGACAGAUUCGCACGACUUUCCGGAUGAAGACGCAACCAAGGGCAAAUGGAACAUCCUCAAAAGUGUCUUUGGAGGCAGCUCGAAGCAAGCUGCAAAGUCCAAGGCAGUCACCACAAAGGAGAAGGAGAAGGAAAACACAAACAAGGCCCCAGCUGUAAAGCCUACCCCGGAAGCCGCCGAGAAGCCUCCAGUGGUCGAAAGACCCGCACCGAUACCCCAACCUAGCAGCACCACGCAUCGCUCCUAUAGCUUCCGCUUCUCUCUCGAAUGGGUGGACAAGCGCUUUGGCGCAUACCAAAAUAUGCGUUUGCAGCCGCCUCGACUUCCGCUACCUGCUCAAAUCCUUCUGCAACAAAAGGGUAUCAACAUCGACGCAGUGUCCAGUGCACAACCAACAGGUGCCGCCGCAACAUCGAGUCGCUACGCUGGCCGCGCACUUGCGGAAUGGACAUUUGUGAGCCACGAGUGCCAGAAUUUCUUCGACCGUAGGAAGAACGAAGGCGUCCCAGUAAACAGACAAGUCGAGACCCCAACUCUCAAUGUCGAAGCAUUCAGGCGGCCUGGCUAA